UAGGAUGACGUUCCUGACGUUGCGGCCGAGGAGGAGUUCCUGUUAAUCCAAACAUCGACGGAAAUAGCCUCCAUCGCUAUUUAUCGGUAACAAUUUCUUAUAGCUCAUCGAGUUAAUAACAGCAUGGCUGCUCAGAAGAUAAACGAAGCCCAUGAGCAUAUAGCUAAAGCUGAAAAAUGCCUAAAGACAGGUCUGACUAAGUGGAAGCCGGAUUUUGACAGUGCUGCGUCAGAAUACGCCAAAGCAGCUGUGUGCUUCAAGAAUGCGAAGCAGUUCGACCAAGCAAAGGAUGCUUACUUAAAGGAAGCUGAAUACCACACAGAAAACAAGACGCUUUUUCACGCUGCAAAGGCUAUUGAACAAGCCGGUAUGAUGAUGAAGGAGCAAAAGAAGAUGCCAGAGGCCAUCCAGUUAAUCGAGAAAGCCUGUAUGAUGUACAUGGAGAACGGGACUCCUGACACUGCGGCCAUGGCUCUGGAUCGGGCUGGAAAACUGAUCGAGCCUUUAAACCUAGAGAAAGCUGUGGACCUGUAUCAGAAGGCAGCUGGCGUGUUUGAGAAUGAGGACCGCCUGCGUCAGGCAGUUGAGCUGCUGGGGAAAGCUUCCAGACUUCUGGUCAGAUUAAGAAGGUUGGACGAGGCGUCAGUCGCUAUACAGAAAGAGAAGAACAUGUACAAAGAGAUUGAGAACUUCCCCAUGUGCUUCAAGAAAACAACUGCUCAAGUGCUGAUUCAUCUUCAUAGAGCGGACUACGUCGCAGCUGAUAAAUGUGUCAGAGAAAGCUACAGUCUGCCCGGGUACAGUGGGAGCGAAGACUCCGUCGCCAUGGAGACGCUACUGCAGGGCUACGAUGAGCAGGACGAGGAUCAGGUCUACCGAGUGUGCAACUCUCCUCUACUGAAGUACAUGGACAAUGACUACGCCAAGCUGGCCAUUUCCCUGAGGGUACCUGGAGGCGGAGGAAAGAAGAAGAAGGCUGCUCCACAAGGUGGCGCUAGUGGGGAUCCAGACGCCGCCGAGGAUGGGGAUGAUUACGAGGGAGGGCUGUGUUAGCCUCUCCAGCCUCCAGAGUGCGGACUCCACCCAUGUGCUGCUCCACAACUACACCCUCUGUACGAGUUCAAAUCCUCGACAAAUCCUUUUCAGCUCUGAAGCUCAGAUAUGUGGCUGUUUAAUCUUUACUGUGCAAGAAAUAAAAAACAACAACAGUUACAGUGGGUGUUGCAGAAGAGUCGAGUGUAAGCAGCCUUUUUAAUUUUGUUUCUUUGAGGUGGAUCCUCAGCGUAAUGAAAAAAUCUUCAAUGUUCAAUAACGUAUGAACGCUUGUAUGUAAAUGUUCUAUUAUUUCUGUCUCUGUGACGCUGUACAUUUUGCUCUCAUUGUUUGUGAGUAGAGUCUUAAGAUUACUAUAUGGUAUAUUACAAUCAGACAUACUCUAAAUAUGUCUGAUGAUCAGUGUAUAGGUGUUUAUUUGUACAGAGUUAAAUUAUUCAGUAUUCAUGGCUGCAGCCUGUUGAAAAUGUGGAACAAUAUGCAAUCAGUUUGUUAAUGCAUGUUUGGAAUAAUGCAACGGUAAAUUAAAAAACCCAAAGCUAUGAAUCUGUGAAUAUUACGGCUUAAAAAUGGAUCGACACUAUUAUCUUCAGCAUUAACGCUUAUUCAAGUUAAUCAAGAACAUUUAAGGAGCAGUACAAUUCCUGAUGGCGCAGCUCGUAGCCAUUUGUUGACUGUUUUCGAGGUGUGUGUGUGUGUGUGUGUGUUAUCGUCCACCUUAGACUUCAAAAUAGUCAAUGCUGUGUCUUUAUUCCCAAUUUCCACAGAACAAUCCUCGAUUUAAAGCAGCUGAAACAUGAGAACGGAACCAUGCAGUGAUGUUUUCAGCACAUUUCCCCCCCCCCCCCCCCAUUGAUUUCCUCUUUAAGGCAGAAUUUGUGUAUUUGUGAUUUAUUUCUCUUACUGUAAAUGUGAGAAGCCCUUUUUAUUAGGGACAAAAAUAAUUUACAUGCCAAUUAAAAUUAUUGUCAAACCACAUAACGGAAAGUGAUAAAGGGAUUGUUUACAUUUUUUAUUUGUGCUGUUGCCCACUUCUUGUAUAUUCCUCAAACUCUGCACAUGCAUCAAUAAACAUUUCCAUCGUGUGGCAUUU